AUGUAUAAUUUGUUUACUAAAUUUACUCAAAAAUUACUAGUAAUUCUUAUAUUGUAUAAAAAAAAUGGAAACACUGUUGCAGGCAUGUUUUCAGAAGAAAAUUGUGGAACAACAAAUUUUUGUUACCAGUUGUUGGCUAAUUUUCUUCAAGAUCCAACAAAAAUAAACGACAAAUUAAUAUAUAUUGAUACAAGCAAAAAAUUUAGAAUUGAUAAACUAACAGAACUAAUAAAAGAUCAAAAUGCAAAAAGUGUUGAUAGUUUGAGGCGAAUAAUAGUAAAAAGAAUCUUUUCAAUAGAUGAACUUCAUGAAAUUAUUAUAGGUUUGCCUGGAUUUUUGAAACACACUCGUGUAUCUUUAAUGGUAAUUAAUUCAAUUUAUGGAUGUAUUUUGUCUCAAGAAUUAAUUGCAAAUGACUAUUUGUCAAGUGUUGAAAGGAUUCUUUUUGGUCUCAAGAAAUUGACUCAACAAGAAGGGAUAGCUAUAUUAACAAUAAAUGCUUUAGUAAAAUUUGAAAAUAGUCAUGAAUUUGUACCAUUGCUUGGACCUAAAUGGUUAAAACAGAUACCGAAAAGAGUAUCAUUACACAAAGAUGUUUAUGUCUCAAAUAUGGUAAGGAAAAAAGUAUUUUUUUCAAAAAAAUAUGAAAUUGGUCAAUUGAAUCGUACAAUUGAAGUUGUCAGUACAGUAGAUACAAAAUUUUCUGAUCUUGGUCUUGGAUCAUGGAUUGUUAAUCAAUUAAAGGAGAUGCAAAUUAAGAAACCAACACCAGUGCAGAUUAAUUGUAUUCCUAAAGUUCUUGAAGGAGUAGAUGUACUUGGAUGUUCAAAAACUGGUACAGGAAAAACAUUAGCUUUUGCAUUACCUAUUCUUGAAAAGUUAUCAGUUGAUCCAUAUGGUAUAUAUGCAUUAAUUAUAACACCAACAAGAGAAUUGGCAUUUCAAAUAUCUGAUCAAUUGAUAGCACUUGGAAAACCGAUAUCAUUACGUUGUUCUACUAUUGUUGGAGGUAGAUCUCAAAAUAUUCAGGCAAAUGAGUUAGCUAAAAAGCCUCAUAUUGUUGUUGGAACACCAGGAAGAAUUGAAGAUCAUAUUAGAAGUGAUCCUAAUGUACUUGAUGAAGCUGAUCAAUUAUUAGAUGGACAAUAUUCUUUACAAUUAAAAUCUAUCUUUUUAGCAUUACCAAAAAAAAGGCAAACAUUAUUAUUUAGUGCAACAAUAACAUCAGCAUUAACACAACUUCAUCAAGUUUCAAUUCACAAACCUUAUUUUUUUGAAGAUGUAGAUGAAGUUAAAACAGUAGAUAAGUUAACUCAAAAAUAUGUUCUUUGUCCAGUUGGAGUUAAAGAUGCUUAUUUAGUAUAUGUUGUUAAAAAUUAUGUUGAAAAGAAUGAAGAUAGUUCUGUGUUAAUAUUUACUUAUACAUGCAAAGAAGCUCAAGCUUUAGCUAUAAUGUUUAAUGCUUUGGGAUUUAGUGUUUCAAGUUUACAUUCAGAAAUUUCACAAAAAGAUAGAAUGUCUGCUAUCUCAAAGUUUAGAAAUGGAAAUGUUAAAGUUUUAAUUUGUACAGAUGUUGCUGCUCGUGGAUUAGAUAUAUCAAAAGUUGAUCUUGUUGUUAAUCAUAAUGUUCCAAGAUGUACAAAAACUUACCUUCAUCGUGUUGGAAGAUCAGCUCGUGCUGGAAGAUUUGGUGGUGCUUUAACUUUUGUUACUCAAUAUGAUAUUAGUCUUCUUCAGGCUGUUGAAGAGGCUGUUGGAAAAAAAUUAGAGGAAUUGAAGGUAGAUGAUAAAAAGGUAACAGAAUAUGCAAGUCAAGUUUUAAUUAUGAAAAAAGAAGCUGAAAUAAAAUUAGAGCAACGUAAUUUUGGUGAAAGAAAGAAGAUUAAUAAAAGAAAGGAUAUGAUAAGAAGUGGUUUAGAUGAUUCAGAGGUUGAUAAAGUUCUUCAAGAUCAAAGAAAAAGAAAGAAAGAAUCAUUAAAGAAGAAUAAUGAAAAGAAGAAAAAAAUCAGUAGUUAA